AUGAGAUCAGGUGGCCAAGCCCACCGACUGUCAAGUGUCGCCUGCCUGGAGCUUGAGGGAGUAUAUAUAAGCCUUGAAUUUUAAGUCCAGGCUAUGUCAGAAAGUCCUUGCUUGCACUAAGUGCAAAUCGGAGCCAACAGUACCCGAGCCAUCUCCAAGUGACAACAUGUCCGGCCACCACUGGGGUUAUGGGAAAGAUAACGGUCCUGCUCAAUGGCACCAUGAAUUCCCUGUUGCUAAUGGAGUACGCCAGUCGCCAAUCGAUAUCCACACUGCUGAAUCCAAACAUGACUCAAGUCUUCAUAAACUCAGUGUAUCCUAUGACCCAUCAGAUGCACGGGCCAUUUCCAACAAUGGGCACUCAUUCUGUGUUCAGUAUGAUGACAGUAAGGAUACCUCAGUUCUAAGAGGUGGACCCCUUGCUGGACACUUCAGGCUGAAUCAAUUUCAUUUCCAUUGGGGAUGCAGUGAUGAUCAUGGCUCAGAACACACAAUUGAUGGAAAGAAAUUUCCAGCAGAGCUCCACCUGGUUCACUGGAACACUGAAAAAUAUUCAAACUUCCAGGAAGCUGCAUCAAAGCCUGACGGGCUGGCUGUUAUUGGUGUUUUCCUUGAGAUAGGGCAUGAAAAUCCACAUCUGGAGAAAGUUCUGAAUGCAUUGCAUCAUAUUAAGGAAAAGGGUCAGCAAACUGCCUUCACCAGUUAUGAUCCAUCCCACCUACUUCCUUCGUCAUUGGAUUACUGGACCUACGAUGGCUCCCUGACUACACCUCCUCUAUUUGAAAGUGUUACCUGGAUUGUCCUUAGAGAGCCAAUACAUGUGAGCGCACGUCAGAUGAGUGAAUUCCGACAUCUCCUGUUUUCUGGACCAGGGGAGCAUCCUUGCCACAUGGUGAACAACUACCGCCCCCCACAGCCACUGAAGGAGAGAAAAGUGAGAUGCUCAUUCUAAUAAGUGCAACACAUUUUCCUAAGUAGCACUUUGGAACCAUUCUAGAAGAAAGCACAAUUUACUAUGAGGUAGCUCUGCUACCAGGACAGCUUCUCAUACUGAUGUACAUUUUCCAUUAUCUUUGCAGCUGUGCCUAACAGCUAAUGAAAAGCAAUGACCCAUGAAAUUUCCACUACAAUAUAAAAGUGCUGCAGGCAAUGUCAAAACCAGCUACAGAGGUGACUGAGCCAGUGCCCCGUACUUUGUGAUCAAUUACAAAUGGGCAUAUCUAAUUUUAUAGCAUAUGCUUAAUACAUGCAAUAUUUCGACUGCUAACUACACUACUGAGGUUUAUGGGAGGCAAAACUGCUUUUGCAUUUUAUUUAUAGAGCUUUCCUGCUUAAUAUACACCUAAAUGAUUUAUGGUGGGGAGUUAUUUUAUGUCCCUUUUUGUAAUAUAGAGAAAUUAAAUUCUUCUUGGAAAUGAACAUAGUGAGACUAGCAUUGCAUUAGCAUUAUGAUAAUUUGG